CUUUCCCUUUCUUAGCCAGAUCCGGCCCGCCCAACUUUGUAUCCCUCCCUCUUCUUUAUUUCCCAAAUUAGUCUGGUGUUCUUAGCAAAAAAAAAAAAAAAUUAGUCUGGUGAAAGAUCGGAGCUCCGUUUCGCACUUCAGGGUCUUCUGCCAAACUAUAUACUUCUUUAGGGGAGAGAGUUUGUCGCUCUGUCAGCAUAUGGAUCCUGAAGCUUCUCGUACUGCUAGGGAGUCUCUUGACCUGGCAUUUGGCAUGUCUAACAUUCUUGAUACAGGUCUAGAUCGUCACACACUAUCUGUUCUCAUUGCCCUCUGUGAUCUGGGUUUAAACCCCGAGGCACUGGCCGCUGUUGUAAAGGAAUUGCAAAAAGAACCUUCGUCCUCUGGUGGAACAACUCCAUCAGUUAAUUAGACUACUAGAUAUAUUGGUUUCUUAAAAAAUUAAUCUGAGCAAUCUUCAGUGAAAUCAUUGGUAGUUCUGUAUCUCUUGCAAGUAAACAUUUCAAUAUGAUUAAUUGUAUCUCUUUUGUAUAUUCAGUUGCCAGUGGAACAUGA